AUGGAAGAGACAGAUACAAAAUUUAUUCUUUCAAUUGACGGUGGCGGAAUUCGAGGUAUAAUUCCUGCCAAAAUACUCGCAGAAAUUGAAAGAAGAGUAACUGAAGAAAUAAAAAAAGAAAUUCCUAAUGCUGACAUGAGAUGUGCUGAUUUUUUUGAUAUUCUUUCUGGAACUUCAACUGGUUCUAUACUUGUUUUAGCUUUAGCUGUACCUGAAAAUGAUCGUCCGAAGUUUAGUGGUUCAUUUAUGGUGGAUUUUUUUCAAGGACAUGGAAAUGACGUCUUUCCUAAUUAUUCUCCUUUUGGACAUGUUGACAAAUUAUUGAAGAGUUUCACUAAUGUAUUCAAAGGUGUUGAUUUAUCCAACGUCGUUAAUGUUGUUAGAAAAGAAACUCUUAAAAUCGAGACGAAUAUUACAAGUAUAACUGAAUCUGAUAGUAAAAAUAAUAAUGAAUCUGAUGGUAAAGCUGAAAAAAAAGGUUUUGUUGGAAGAUUUGUUGGUUUUCUAAGUCCAAAAAGUCCUGAUAAAGAUAAUAGAGCCAUUGAUGAAAUUAAGAAUAAAGUAGAAGAAAGUGUUUCAACAAGUAAAACUAGUGUAACAAAGAGUAACACCGAAGAUGGAACUAUUAGUAAAACUGAUCAUGUAACCACUGAUGUAACCACCGACGUAACCACCACGAAAAAAGACGAUGAUGACAAAUCUUUUAAGGAACAUUUACAUGAAUUAGAAGUAUUUUUAAAAUCUUAUGAUCCUUUUGGUCCGAAAUAUGAUCCAUCUGGUUUUGAAAAAUUAUUAAAUGAAAACUUUAAAGAACUUAAACUCAAAGAUGCUGUAAACGGUGUGAAAGUAUUUAUUGCUUCUUAUAAUAUUUCCCAUAGUCAACGCGUCUUUUUUACAAAUUUCACCUCUGAACAUGAAGAUGCUUUAAUGAAAGAUGUUAUACGUGCAAGUGCUGCUGCUCCUACUUUUUUCCCUGCCAAAAAUAUAUCUAGUAAAUAUUUUAUAGAUGGUGGCGUUUUUAUGAAUAAUCCAACGGCUAAAACUUAUCUUGAAGCAAAAAAGAGGUAUCCAAAAUCGAAAUUCGUUGUUAUUUCCCUUGGCACUGGAUAUUACCCAAAACCUUUAGAAAAAUAUUAUAAUGCUGGUAUUGUUCAAUGGGUAAGUCCCUUAAUUUCUCUUUUGAUGGACAUGGAACAAGUAAAUCAUCACAACACUAUGAAAAUGCUGGCUGAAUUUGAUGGUGUAACAUAUUAUCGUGUUCAACCUGUAUUGGAAGAAGAAUUGAAUUUAGCUGACGUAUCGGAUGACGAUGUUAAGAAACUUCUUGCAGUAGGCGAUAAAGCUAUAAAAGAUCCUGAUAGUAAGUUGGAUGAAAUAGUUG